AUGCCGGCGAGCUACCGGUAUUGCGGCCAAAGCAUAAUGGCAAAAUUAAAAAAUAGGGUAAACAUCCUUGUGUUAAGCAUAAGGAGGAAGAACCUCUGGCCCCGAAAGGGCGCCAGAGGUAGGGUUUAUAUACAAGGGUUGGGGGCCGUGCCCUCGGGCUUGGCCCUGGGGCCAAGCCACGGGCACAAGCCACGGGCCCAAGCCAAAAGCCCAAGCCUUGCAAUUAGCUUUUUACAUUGCGCUUUAAAAAACGUUCCCUUUACAUUAUUAUGCAAAAAGAUACGAAAAACAAAAUACGUUACCUGGUCCGGUAAAAAAGCUACGGCCUUAGCGGAAAUACGUAAAAGUCUUCCACUAACUUGUUUAAUGCCUAAAACCUUAUUAAUAACUACAAUAAGCGUUAAGCCCAGUUGGCCACUUUUAAAAACGCCCCGGAGCUGA